AUGAACGCGCACAAACGGCAGAAGGUACCCGCGACAAGAUGCGAAGAGUCCGAAGAGCUACAGAGACAUUCCGAGAUCUCCUCGGCCCUACGGUCGAGCCACCGAAGACACGCGUUGAACACGCUUCCGCCGGAAGUAUUGGAGAUGAUAUUCCGACUGCUUCCGCUCCACGAAGUGGCCACCACCGUGCGUUUGGUUUCCAGACACUGUUCAACAGUGGCGGCGGCAGUAUUGAACACCGCGUUCCUCGCGGUUGGCGCGAGGUUAGAGGGUCUAAUGAGUCGCGUGGACGAAACGAUACGGCAGGUGAAAACGGACGAGGAAACGUUGGCCUGCAGCAGAGCGCUGAACGCUCUGGAGUUGACCAAGAUGCAGUACAAGUUGCUCAGAGCUGUCACUUGGCGGUACACGCAUCCGCCGUCGGAGAAUCGCCAGUUCCCUCGGCUUUGUUUCUACGCUGGGAGCUUGCUCGAUGAUCUGAACGACCUGCUGAACCGGCUGGCCAAGUGUCACGCGCUUGUUGUCGACUCCCGCGACACGCUCUCCAGUGCCGUUGAUUUCAUCAACGUGUGCAAACGGUUCAUGAACUUCUUCGAGAAAGUCUCCGAACGCAGGGUGAACAGAUCGGCACUAAUUUCCGGCUGUAAGGUCGUGGACGUUCUGGACUGUCUGAUAGAGGGUAGGCAAGUAUUGUCCUUGAAGGUGACGAAGAAACGAACCGGCGGUAAUACCGUCAACAUGAAGCUCCGAUACGUGAUGAAACGUGCCUGGUUCACGUGCCUGGCGGUCUCGAGGAAUGCCGAAGAGAACUCCUGGAGGGACGAGCAGCGUUUCAUGUAUCUUAGGUUGCGCCGUUUAGUGGGCAGCGUGAACGAGCACCUGUUAGAGAGUUUACAUUACGAGAACGAGUUACAUUUACAGAUACCUUUGUCAUUCCCGCUGAAACCACCGCCAGCUUCCACGUACUCGGGAUACGGAGAAUACGGUGGCCAGUUCUUUUACUACGGUAAUAUGAACAAGUACGCGUACGAAAGUAAAUUCGUGCACAACACGAAUCCAUUGAACGCCAUGCACAACACCGAGCAACAGGUACAGUGGCCACCGUGUUUCGAUUUGGUAAUCGAGGUCGAGCUGAAGUGUACUUCCGAGUUAGCUCCGCUCGCGGUAUGGCCGUUGUUAAAAUCGGACGAGUUCGAGGCGUACGAAACGAGGAAAUUCAAGGAUCAGCAGCUCGUCUUGAAGAUGACGGUGGUGUGUCCGGCGUCGGUAGCCAACAGAUUGCCAGACACAUUCGUCUGGGAGUUGCGUACCCCGCGACAUGCACGGAAAAAGUCGUAACAGAAAUUAUAUAGAUUCGUCUAUGUCUUGUAUAUUACAUUUUAUGCUGUUAGCUAUACACCUAUACACAGAUGAAACAUAUUUAA